AUGACAGCCGCCAAACCAAGCGCAUUCGACGAGCCGUCCUCGCCCCUCGCCGGGCUCUGCGGCUUCCGCAACAUGGACCUGGCGCUGCGCAUCCUCAACGUCGUCAUUUGCAUCGCCGUCCUGGUCGUCGGCGCCGUGGCCACCUCCCGGUCGGGCGUCCUGCUGAUAGGCAUCCUCGGGCCGCCGGCGGCCGCCACGAUCCUCUGGUCCUUGCUCCAGUUCGGCCUCUCGCUAAGUAAAUGGGAGUACUUGAACUUCCGGUCGCGCUUCCGCAUGGCCGUCGGCAUCAUCAUCACGCUCGGAUGGGUCAUUGCCGUCGUCUGCCUCGCGCUCUUCAGGGACUGGUGGGGCGACGGCCGCAUCUUUAGCUACACGACGAGCCCCGAGUCGGACAGCUCGAGGGGGAGGCUCGUGGCCAGGCUGACGGCCGCUGGGCUGGGUCUCGGCUGUGCUGCGGCGUGA